AUGACGACUGAGAUAGCAUCUAUAGGGCCAUAUGAGGUCCUCGCGUGGCCAGAUCGGCUGGGGUCUCUUGGGGUUGGUAGGGACUCAGUAUCCAGUUAUAGCAAAAGCAGUCCAAUUAACAUUGUGACAGCACGUCAUCGACUCACAAGAGAGCGAUUUGCAAUAAAAGCCGAAAGUAUCCAGUCAUUAAUAAAUGAAGCACAUAUACUUCAUGCGGUGUCUGGAGGCAUCGGCAUACCGCAGUUGCAUUGGUUUGAAACGGUUGAUGAAAGAGAUGUUUUGGUCACGGAUUUGUAUGGCCCAUGUCUGGAGGAAAUAUUUUGCAAAUCCGGCCGCUACUUUAGCAUGCAAAUGCUGCUCCAGCUUGCAGAACCGCUUCUAUCCCGUAUAGAGUUUAUUCAUUCCCGGAAUAUUAUCCAUGGUAACCUAAACCCAUGGUCCUUUGCCUUAGGCAAUAUGGAAUGGCAAAACCAGCAGGUUCUUCUGGUGGACUUCAACACCCAAAUAGCACCUGAGGCGACCAUACAUUGUGAUCUAUACGCUGUUGGCCAAAUUUUGGCCUAUUUCUACAGGGGCAGAGAGUCCUGGGAGCAGUAUCAAGAGAGUAUGAAAGGUGGUUACGACCAAGAAACUGCCCCGGUAAUUGUUCAAUACUUCCAAGAAAUAUCCUCAUGCAAGGCCAAGAAUCCCGACUACGGACAUUUAAAACAGGUCUUUCAUACGGCCCUGCAAGACUUAGCAUUCCACUUAGCAAUUGCAUUGGACCUGAAAGGUCCACGAGCAAUCACGAAGGGGUUGCCGCCUCGGAUAGAUGCAUUACCAUCAAUGACCACUGAAUCCUUAUUCGAUGCUCUCAAUCUCAAGCUGUCACAGAGUGGUCGACAAAUUGGGAGAUCUACAGCCACUCUUCGAGCAUGCGAAUGGCUUGACCUCCUGGAGCUUUUUGACGAUAUUUUAAAGAUAUAUACUAUUAUACUUCUCCGAGAUAGGCCGUUUGUAAAGAAGGAACAAUUUUUGCGUGCAUACCAACUUCCAAACCGUCUCUGGAGGGAUUUACACUGGUUCCUAAAACGUAUCAACAGCGGAACUGACGGCAUAUCGAGCAUCUUUCGGCGUACAAUCAAUGAGAGGGCAUAUAAAUUCAUCUCGGCUUUAUAUGACAUAUACCCGUCCUAUCGGCCAUACUGGACAGAGUAUUUGCUAACGCUGGCACGUGAGAGGAAAGAGAUUGUACUUAUUGACGAGAAACCGGUCUGGACGCAAACUGUACUCUACUGGCAGGUACAGCUCGGUCGAGAAAGGGCGUAG